AUGGAGAGAGUUAGGGCUGAUCAGAGAGGACGAGAAACAAGGAAGGCUUCUGAAGGAGAGCAUCCUCCGAUUCUUCCCCCACCUGAAUCCCUGUUGCUAUGGAGACCACCAAAUGGGACUGAGACCUGGUAUGAGAGCCUGCACACUGUGAUGAAGGCUCUAAAUGCCACUCUUCACAGCAACUUGCUCUGCCGGCCAGGGUCAGACAACCUGACUGAGGAGAGGCAGGCCACCCUACCUGGCCGCGAUGACAACUCCUACAGGUACAUUCUCUUCAUCAUGUUCCUAUUUGCUGCCACUGUGGGCAGCCUCAUCCUGGGAUACACCCGCUCCCGCAAAGUGGAUAAGCACAGUGACCCCUAUCAUGUAUAG